AUGGUAUUGGGAGCGAGUGCCGCAGUCGCCGAGACUGUGGAAUCCCCUUGCGACGAUGUAGGGCGUCAUGUAGGGCGCAACGACUACGAGAAGAUGCUAUCUGGUCAGCCGCACGACUGUUUAGCCCCAGCACUGAUCGACUUGAGAAGACGUGCGUGUCGGAGAAUACUCAAGUAUAACAACACCCUCUCUCCAGAAUCUUCGCCUGUGGCAGAGCCUUCUUUUCGAGAUACUCUGCUUCGAGAGAUUUUUGGGAAGACUGGUGAGUCCCCAUGGGUUGAACCUCCUUUGACAGUUGGCUACGGCUGCAACAUUGAGGUCGGAGAUGGCUUUCUCGCUCAAUCGAAUCUCGUGAUUCUCGACAGUGCAAUGGUCAAAAUCGGCCACCGCGUUUCCUUCGGCCCAUCUGUUACGAUCAUGACGGCGACGGAAGGCAAGGGGUCCGGCGAUGCAUGGCGGAGGCAGUGUGCUCAGCCAGUCUUCAUCGGAGACGACUGUUGCAUCGGCGCAAACUCCCCCGACCUGACCAUGUUGGCGCUUCCAGCUGCCAUUCGAUGCUACGCCAAGCUAGAAGGGCCGUGA